GCGAACCCAUAUGUAGUGCAUGUAAGUAGGUCAAUUGAUUGGUGCCUUUGUAAUCUAGUUUCACUGCGGUUGCGCAUAUGAAUUAAAGCCUAGCAAGUACAAGUUGAUAAACACUGGUCGUAGGAUAAGACCUGAUUCAGCCGGUUCAAUAGUGAAUGUAGAAUCAACUAUGGCAGCAGCAUUGUGGUCUACAAAAGUAUGCGUGUCUACCAUCACACGGGGUUUGAGAAGAUACGGGACCCCAGCUUCUGCCAAAGCGGUGUUGAAAUCAGACCCCUUGGAACCUGACAAACCCAGUGUCCAAACCGAGAUCCCUGGACCUAGAUCUCGCGAGCUACUUAAGGAGCUAGACACUAUCCAGAACACUGAAGCAGUCCAGUUUUUCGUUGACUAUGAGCGAAGUCGCGGGAAUUACUUAGUCGACGUGGACGGGAAUGUUAUGCUUGACCUGUUCACUCAGAUCGCCUCAAUUCCUAUAGGGUACAACCACCCGAGAUUGCUUAAUGCCUUGCUGAAAACUGAAAACAGGGCUACACUCGUCAACCGCCCAGCUCUUGCUGUGUAUCCACCAAGUGACUGGAGUUCGCGACUCAAAAAUGCUCUUCUUGCGGUGGCUCCCCCUGGCCUGAAACAAGUCCAGACAAUGGCGUGCGGAGCAUGUUCUGUAGAACAUAGCCAGAAAGCUAUGUUUAUUGCAUACCAGCGCCGUCAAAGAGGUGGACGGCCCCCCUCACAAGAGGAGCUCCAGUCGUGCGUUGAAGGACACGCCCCUGGAUGUCCCGAUCUGUCGGUCCUAUCGUUUAAAAACGCUUUUCACGGCAGAACCAUGGGUGCCCUAGCUGUAACCCAUACGAAGUGGAUCCACAAGUUGGACUUCCCUGUGCCGGAUUGGCCAUGUGCCAGCUUCCCAAUCUUGCAGUAUCCCUUAGACCAGUUUGUGAGGGAGAACCGGGCCGAGGAAGACCGUUGUUUAGAUGAGGUGAGAGAGCGUAUACAUGCCUGGGAGAAGAAGGGUAGCCCAGUGGCCGGAAUGAUCGUGGAGCCGAUCCAGUCGGAGGGAGGGGACAAUCAUGCCUCUCCCUACUUUUUCCAGGAACUUCAGGACAUUGCCAAAGAUUACGAAAUUCCAUUCAUGGUUGAUGAAGUGCAAACCGGAUGUGGUGCAACGGGGAAAUUCUGGGCACAUGAGCACUGGAAUCUAAAGGAUGCUCCUGAUAUUGUAUGCUUCAGCAAGAAAAUGCUUACCGGUGGAUUCUACUACAAAGAUAACUUACGACCUCAAGAGGGUUACAGGAUCUUCAACACAUGGGUAGGCGACCCUUCCAAGAUGGUCUUUUUGGAGGAAGUCGUAAAUCUAAUAAAAGAGGAAGGGCUUUUGGGGCAGGUUAAAGACACCGGGUCUCACCUUAUCAACGGGUUGUACGACAUGCAGAACAAGUACCCCGGGAUACUUAGCAGGGCUCGGGGAGUGGGGACGUUUUGCUCCAUAGAUUUCAAGGACGCUGCUACACGGGAUAAAAUUCUGAACGAACUCCGACAUAAAGGUAUUCACCUCGGUGCAUGUGGAAACCUUUCAAUCCGAUUUCGGCCAACUCUCCUCUUAACUAGGAAUCACGUGGAUAUCUUCAUGGACGCCUUCAAUUCGAUUAUAGCUGAGCUAAAGUCCUAAGCUAUUGUUAGUAUGGACUUCCAUUAGAGAACAUAGGACAGUAGCAUGGUAUCGACUUGACGAUUCGUGCUGGACAGUGCUGAUAUGUUUGGCCGUGACUGACCUGGGAGACGGUAUGUGACAGAGAGGAGACUAAUGUGUAGUCCAAUAGUGACAUUUUAUGAUAGAGAGAUAAUACUUUGUCUCAUCUUGAACAUUUGAAUUCGGCAAUAUUGUUUUUAAGUUUAUAUAUAUUGUGAUUCCCACUGCAGGCAAAACACAAGAGAGUUCCACCGUAAUUGUGCACAAAUAAAGUUACUUCCCCUAAAUAUUAUUUAGGAUAUAAUUGUAACUACCGUUGGCCAAGCAUUUCAGUCAAUAAGGGAGACUAUUUCGUGUUCGAUGGUCCAGGUUUCGAGUCCCAAUCAGACACAUUUUUUUGUUAUCUAUUUCUUUUCAUUACGCAUAUAUGAAGUAUCAUUUCUGGAAAACCUGUCCAACGCGCUCUCAAAUUUUUAAUGAUAAUAUUAAUGCAGCCUUUCUUUUAUCAUUGAAAAUAACAAAUAUUAUUCUCUUUUAUGCAGUAUUUUUGUUAGUUUUACCUGUUUUCAUGUGUUUUAUAUAAAACAUUGUUUGAUCGUUUUAUCAAACAAUGUAAGUCCCAAUCAUAACAAAAUGUCCGUAGAAAGUUCUACAUGAUGUGGGAUGUUUUGCCGAAUGGUAAUAGUAAUCAUGCCAAAAAAAAAAAAAGUCUUAUAGUUACAGUUUUUGGCUGUGUUAUGGGAUACUCAAAAUGACCCCGAUACUACCUUGUUAAUAGUGUACUAGAUUAGGUGUACUAGAUCAGGAAACUCAAUAUCACAUAUCGCUGUGUUUAAAUUGUGUAUGUCGUUUCUUUUACCAUGUUUUACAACGAUAAUUGAAGCUGAAUGUAUUCAUAUGUAAUAGAAUUAUGUUAUAUUGUUGGAAAGUGAAAAUUAAAACAUGUCACAAGGUGUUCAUAAUGUUAAUAAGAAAUGGUGCAAGUAUUUCCUACGUAAUGGUAUGUUGAGUUGAAUUCUGUUGUAUUUAUAUGAUGUACAGCUACGUCUAUUGCUAAAUGAUUGGCUUGCCAUACAUAAGUGAAGGUUAUAAUGAAAUAACUCAUAACUUCUAAAUGACCUAAUCAUAUGUGUGGCUUUUUUUUGUCUUAACCAGCACCGCAGGAACUCGGUUUGAACAAUGAAAGUAAUUUCCGAAUUUAAAUACAUCCGAUUUGAUAUAAUAUUAUCGAGACAGCCAAAGUAAAUAAAUGUGGUAUCAAAUUUCUCCUUGCUUAAAAAUGUGCUAUCAGCUUUUUGCUUGUGGGUUUAAGUAGGUUAAGCAUACAAAUAAAACACUGCAGUCACCUGUUCACCGUUUUAGUUUACACUUGAAAAGUUCAAUGAAGUUAGUGGCUACAUACAAUUCAAAUAUAAACCACUUCCAAAGAGUCAAAACAUAUAUACUCGUCACAUCUAUACUAUCAGAACAGUGGAAAUACUUAAAAGUGGAAACUGCGUAUUUUCUUCUUAAAUGUUAUGCAGUUAGAUAAUUCCUAUAGUUUAAAAUACGUAAACACUUACAAACCACUGUUUAAGUUUCUAUACACUUAUGGUUUUCAUUUAAUAAUUUAAAUUCGGUAUCUUCUCUUAUAUAAUUGUUUUUAUUAUACCUCUACUUUAUUU